AUGUCCCACAGUCCACAAGUCGCCGCACUUCUUCAUUCCGCUUUGAGGACCCUCUAGGUUUACCCUUCUAGCUGCCGUCGAAGUCGAAGUCGAAGGCGAAGGCAAGGCGAAGGCGAGAAACGGCAACACAUCUUCGCGGGACGUGCAGAUUAGUGGGCUUUCUGUUUGUGGAUUUGGUUCCUUCUUUGCAGAUUAGGGAUUCCGACGUCUAGCUUUGGCGUGAGGGCCAUGUCCAGGGAGAAGCGGAUACUAGAUCCUCGUGGAGGCGGCGAUGACUUGCAACCUGAGCCCAAGAGACAGAAGGCGCCUGCCCUUGCGAGCGUGGUUGUGGAAGCUCUCAAAGUGGACAGUUUGCAAAGACUUUGUUCUUCUUUGGAGCCCAUUCUUCGAAGAGUUGUUAGUGAGGAAGUGGAGCGUGCACUAGCAAAACUUGGUCCUGCUAAACUUGGAGUUGGAGGCAGGGCUUCUCCAAAACAAAUUGAAGGGCCUGAUGGCAGAAACUUUCAGCUGCAUUUUAAAUCAAAGCUCUCUCUUCCACUUUUUACUGGUGGAAAAGUAGAAGGUGAACAAGGUGCUGCAAUUCAUGUUGUUUUGAUUGAUGCAAGUACUGGGUUUGUCGUGACAUCUGGGCCAGAGUCAUCUGCAAAGUUAGAUGUUGUUGUACUUGAGGGUGAUUUUAACAAUGAAGAUGAUGAUAACUGGACUGAAGAAGAAUUUGAAAGUCAUGUAGUCAAAGAGCGUGAGGGGAAGAGACCACUUUUGACUGGAGAUUUGCAGGUAGUACUCAAGGAAGGUGUGGGGACACUUGGAGAGUUGACGUUCACUGAUAACUCCAGCUGGAUACGGAGCAGGAAGUUCAGACUUGGACUGAAAAUCUCUUCUGGGUUCUGUGAGGGUAUUCACAUUCGAGAGGCAAAAACAGAAGCUUUCACAGUUAAGGAUCAUAGAGGAGAAUUAUACAAGAAACAUUAUCCUCCUUCAUGGAAGGACGAAGUUUGGAGAUUGGAAAAGAUUGGCAAGGAUGGCUCGUUCCAUAAGAAGUUGAAUAGGAGUGGAGUUUCCACAGUUGAAGAUUUUCUCCGUCUGUAUGUCAAGGAUCCCCAAAGACUGCGGAAUAUCCUUGGAGGUGGUAUGUCAAAUAAGAUGUGGGAGAUCCUAAUUGAGCAUGCCAAGACGUGCCCCCUUAGCGGAAAAUAUUAUGUUUAUUAUUCUGAUGAUACAAGGAGCAUUGGUGCAAUUUUCAACCAUAUCUGUGAGUUUAGUGGCUUGAUUGUUGGAGAGCAGUUCUAUUCAACUGAAACUCUCACAGAUAGUCAAAAGGUCUUUGCAGAUACACUCGUAAAAAAAGCAUAUGAGAACUGGCAGUUUGUAAUAGAAUAUGAUGGCAAAGCUCUUCUGAUCUUGAUGCCAAAGAAGACAAUGACUACACGAAGUGAAGCUGCUGCUUUGGCAAAUUUUUCAGAUUCAUAUGACAACUCACCCACAGAGCAGCAUGCUACUGAAGUUCAGCCUACAAUCAAUACUGGAGUGGUCAAUGGAGGAGAUACAGAUUCUGUUUCCUAUAACCUUAAUCAAAUGAAUCGAUACUCGACUCAUCGUCAACUCAUUAGUCGAAAUGCUCAGUUGCAGUAUGAACAUAUAUUGUCCCCUCAAAGUCAGCUCAGUGGGUCGUCCGAUGUUAUUCAGGCUCCAGGAAAUGACAGCAUUGGCCUUGCCUUGGUCCAAUCGGAACAUUCAAGCACUGGAUAUCAACUGGUGGACCAACCCUUCUUGCCUCCAAAUCUGAGCAGCUAUCACAACUGGUCCCAUCAACGUCAGGGCCAUGGCUCUGAUGACUUCCUCACUGAAGAAGAGAUCCGCCGAAGCAGUCACGAGAUACUGGAAAAUGAUGAAAUGCAACAGCUACUUCGACAUUUGACCAUGGUUGGGACUUCAAAUAACAUGACAGAUGAUGUUUAUGGGUACCCUUCCUACAUGCCCGCCCCAUCUCCAGCUUUCAACUUUGAUGCGGACCAGAACCGUACAUCUGGUAAAGCUGUUGUAGGAUGGCUCAAGGUAAAGGCGGCGAUGCGGUGGGGCAUAUUUAUCAGGAAAAAAGCAGCAGAGAAAAGGAGGAGGGCUCAACUGGUUGAGCUGGAAGAUUAACAAACCAAUAACCGAAUUCUCGUUAAUCGUGUAUAUUACUAGAAUUUCAUACACAUCCUCCUGAAUUCUAUCUAAGAUGGGUUUUAUUUGUGUAUCCUUUAAGCAUUGUGCAGAGGGUAAGCUCUCAAAAGAAACGACUCCAUGGAUUCAGUAAUUGCUUGUGUCUGCUAAUAUCAUCUGUAAAUUAAGCACUUACAGUCUUUGAACGCUUUGCCUAAUCAUGUUAUUUGAUUGAAACAGUGCGUGAAUCUGUUCCUAGGAUCA